AGGGUUGCUUUGUUAUGAACAGGCGGCGCUGUAGCUGGCGGAAGAGGAGGUCGCCCAGCCCAGUAUCUCUUCGCCUGGAACACAGAAGCCGAGGGGGAGACAAGAAAACGGGAGGAGAAAAUACGGUGUUGGCUGGAGGAGAAAGAAAAAGCUACGAUAAUGGCCGCUAAAUCUGAUGGGGUAUUGAAAAUUAGAAAGAGCGAUGUAGCGUUCACGCCUUUGCAGAAUUCGGACCACUCAGGCUCAGUACAAGGACUCGUUCCAGGAUCGCAGCCGGAUUCGGGAACCGGGGAUGGGGAAUUCGUGAAUGGGGAAUCGCGGUGCUGUGGUUCUAAUUCGACAUGUCUUCGCCUUGGCAGAGAGCAGCAAACUAAAUACACGAUAUGGGACUGUCUAUGGAUUCUCGCUGCAGUGGUUGUGUAUUUCGCCGAUGUAGGCACCGACAUUUGGCUUUCUGUCGACUAUUACCUCCGUCGCGACUACUGGUGGUUCGGGCUCACGCUAUUUUUUGUUGUGCUAGGGUCGUUCUCCGUCCAAGUCUUUAGUUUUCGGUGGUUCGUCCACGAUUUCAGCACCGACGAGGGCUCCAAUGCCGCCGGUGCGGCAAACUGCUCAUCCCACAUGGACGGGAAGCUGCUGAGCGGUUCGGCUUCUCAUGGAGAUGUGGGCGCCCAACCGUCCACACCUCAAAGACAGGCGUCCACCGCGAGCAAGAGCAACACCACAACCAACAGCAACAGCAGCACGGCAACCCCGACUAAUAAGAAAAGGUCGGCGUCCUGUUCAGUAUUCAUAUGGUCCGCGCAAUCGGUCACCCACAUCUUGCAGCUUGGACAGAUAUGGAGGUAUUUCCACGCCAUCUACCUGGGCAUCCGGAGCCGGCGCAGUGGGGACCAUGACCGCUGGAGGUUCUACUGGAGGAUGGUGUAUGAGUUUGCUGACGUCAGCAUGCUGCACCUCCUGGCCACCUUCCUGGAGAGCGCUCCUCAGCUGGUCCUGCAGCUCUGCAUCAUCAUACAGACCCACAAACUGCAGGCCGUCCAAGGAAUGACAGCGGCUGCCUCCCUGGUGUCUCUGGCCUGGGCCUUGGCAUCCUAUCAGAAAGCCCUACGAGACUCCCGGGAUGAUAAGAAGCCAAUCAGCUACCUGGCCGUCAUCAUCCAGUUCUGCUGGCACUUCUUCACCAUUGCCGCCCGGGUCAUCACCUUCGCCCUGUUCGCCUCCGUGUUCCAGCUCUACUUUGGUAUCUUCAUCGUCCUCCACUGGUGCAUUAUGACCUUCUGGAUAGUCCACUGUGAGACCGAGUUCUGCAUCACCAAGUGGGAGGAGAUUGUCUUCGACAUGGUCGUGGGGAUCAUCUACAUCUUCAGUUGGUUUAAUGUGAAGGAGGGUCGUACUCGGUGUCGGCUCUUCAUCUACUACUUUGUGAUCCUGCUGGAGAACACUGCUCUGAGUGCCCUGUGGUACCUGUACCGCGUCCCUCAGAGCACCGAUGCCUUCGCCGUCCCCGCCCUCUGUGUAAUCUUCAGCAGCUUCCUCACCGGCAUCGUCUUCAUGCUCAUGUACUACGCCUUCUUUCACCCCAACGGGCCCCGAUUCGGACGCUCACCCAGCCUCGUGCUGGACGACCCCACGGCUGCCUUCACGCUGCCUGCUGAGGGGGCCACCAACUCAUUGAGGUCCAACCGUGGUGUGCCUCUUAUAUCGGGGGACGGCACCAUUGGCAGGGACGGCAAAUACACAGAGAGGGACGGCUGCAUGCCCGUGUUUCAGGUGAGACCCACCGCCCCCUCCACGCCGUCCUCCCGUGCCCCACGCAUCGAUGAGACAGUCAUCAAAAUAGACCUGUGUCGGAACCGCUAUCCGGCCUGGGAGAGGCACGUAUUGGACAGGAGUAUACGCAAGGCCAUCCUGGCCAUAGACUGCUCCCCUACGCCGCCCAGACUCCAGUACAAAGAUGACACUACAGUUCAGGAGCGCCUGGAGUAUGAGACCACGUUGUAGCCCUACACUGCUGCCUGGAUGUUGGAUGCUUGGAUGUUGGAUCCUUGGAAAUGCAAAACCGUAACAAAGGAUGACCAUCAACUUGGAUUUACAGCAGGACUGUGGCAAUAAUAAGUUAUUAGUUCUCUCUCACUCUAGAUACUAGCAUUGAACCAUGAUGUUGAUUGUCAUGGGCAAGAAUAAACACAAUUUAUUAGUUGAUGUGACGGAGGGAUAUAUUCAUGUUUUCUAAACAGAGUUCCUCUUUUUGGGUUUAUUUGGUUGAUGUUGUUAUUGUAUUUGAGUUUUUAUUUAUUUUACUUACGUCCGUCAGGGAAUCUCUUAUUUGAUAAAAGGCCAUUGCGCACACACACACAAAAAACAAAAGGUAGCCCAAUAGUCUAUCAGAAUAAAAGCAGUGUUCUAAUGAAUGAUAUCAUGCCCUUUCAUAACAGAUCCUUAUGAAGGUUCGUAACAGGUUACAACAGGUUAUUCAUGUUUACCUACGAUAUCUCAUAUUUACAUUAAUUUCUAUUACCAACAUCUUAGACCUGCAAAUAUGUACUUUACAUUUAUAGGAUACAAGUAAUAUCCCCUGAUAUAGUGGACGUGUUGAUUAACAAAAAUAAGAAUAAAAAGGUCAGUUAAUGGUCCUGAUUCAUAUUUAGGAUGGUUCUAGUUAUUUCUAAUUCAAAGUAAACAGGUGACAAAGUAGUACACGCAUAGUCCGUGAUGUAAUUAGCGACAUGAGUAGGGCGUUGUGUCUGUCAUACUUUACAUGUGUACUGGCCCAUGACUUCUGAUCUGAUUUCAUCAGCCAUGUUGUCCUAGUGCCAAAAGGUCUGAAACUACUGGAUUUUGUGGCUGUGACUGCCAGUAACUGGAUAUUAGUAGAUUCAGGCAGGGCAGAACUGCUAUUUACUUUGAAGAAGCUUAGUACUGUACCUGGUAAUCAUGCUGUUUAUAUGCUAAAUAAAACCGGAAUGUUCGUGUUUUGUGGAGAGAGUGAAGGACAAACCUCAUCUUUGUUCUCGCCUGGAUAAAAGGCGGCAUGCCAAGAAAACCUUCCUGGCAGCUCCUAUUUACAGUCCAGCCUCGUCCAGCUGUGGUCUGGGCUGCCAUGCGUCCAUAUGGCUGAUAAGGAUCAGUCUGCUGGGCCACAUAGUGCUGUUCUGUACGGAGAGGAGGAGAGGAUAAGAGACAAACGAGCAGCCACUUCAGCCAAACUACUCUCAUAACUGAAGCACCUGCAGGAUCUACUGUCAUCAUAGAUGCCGCAUUCUUUUUUACGUUUUACCUAACUGAUGUAAAAGUGUAUUGCCAUCCGUGUGUGUGGGAGGAAGUGUGUGUGUGUGUAUGCGUGCGCGCUCAUGCGUGCUUGUAAGAGAGGAAAAGCAUGGCGCAGGAUGGUGUAGAUGCUACAAUCAGUGGUCAGUUUGUCUGCAGCUAUAUAUUGUAGUGCAAUGAACUAGAGACAUGCACUUCAGCACUAUGGUGUGAAAGGCUGCUGUAGCCUAUACUCAACACAAGAUCAGUACCAAUUCUAGGGUGUAUACCACUAUCAUUGUAGCUGUCAACAUCCAACAUCAAUGGUGUCAAGAUGGUCUUUUGAGCAGGAAACAACAAGUAUUUCACCUUUUAUGCUCUGACUUAAGCCCCAGGCACUAUGACUGUGGAUGUGAUAUCUAAAAAUAUCUUCAAAUAUCUUGCAAAGGUGUCUUCACAAAAAAGAAAGUGUGUAGCUUCUCUUUCAGUUCUAGGUCACAAGCGCUUCUUUUUUAUGUCUUGUUCGUUUGAACUAUGGAGAGAAGAGGGUGACAAGAAGGAGGGAAAAAAACAAGCACAAAACUUCUGUGGAAUUAAUCAGAGCACAUUGAGGGAAGGAAACCAUGAUAUUCAAUGUGAGAGUGAGAAAAGGCCAUUGAUCAGUCCAGAAAGAUGUGCCUGUUGUUUUCGACUAGAGCUAGAUUUUAAAUCUCUACUGAAUGGCUCAGAUUUAUUUUUGUUGAAUUGUUUUUGUUGAAAUGUCUUAUUUGAAUUAUUCAUAUCCGUUUGAAUGUGGGAAAUUCUUGGUUUAAUUUGCUUUCACAUCAUUUGCCUUGUUGUUGCGACAUCACACAAAUUGUCUUAGUUAUGUCUGUUCCCUUCUGUUCUGUGGCAUGUUUUACUCAACUCCAUUAAAUAUUCAGAAGUGAAUGUCGCUACACAUUCAAGAAACUCUCUAAAAAGUUUUUGGGGUAAAACAUGCAGAAGCACUGGGUAAAAUCAUGUCCACAGCUCUUCUUCUGAGUUGAAUUCAGUGUGGAUGAGCAUAAAUGGUGCAACAUGUUUUAUCUUUUCAGUUUCUCUCAUUAACCCAGGGCUGUCAUAUGGAUCCGGCCCGCGAGCCCCUUCAAUCCGGGCCUGUUUGAGGGUUUUUUAAUGUAUUUUUAUUAAUAACAUUUUUUAAAUAAAAAAAACAACAUUUUUUUUAAAACAAUCUCAAUCGACAUAGAAAUGGCAACAACAACAACAAAUAUGAAACUGUAGAAAUGAUAAUGGACUUACAUUUAUAGUCUCUUUAUGCUGCUCUACACUGAAUUCAACUCCAAGAAAACAGAGCUGUGGACAUGAUUUUCCCAGUGCUUCUGCAUGUAUUACCAAAAAUAACGUUUUUUAGAGAGUCUCUUGAACAUGUAGCGGCAUUCACUUCUGAAUAUUUAAUGGAGUUGAGUAAAACAUGCCACAGAUCAGCCACCGAAAAGCUAGACAGUCAGGAAGCAUAAAAAAAAUACAAAAGCGAUGGAUAGACGGCAAUUUUCAGCAAACUUUGACGACGAGGAAAUAUAACCAAUUUUAAGUGUGGCUCUCCGGA